AAAGCUUCAGCUUACAAUUUUCAAUCUCGAAUUCACAUCAGGCUGGGCAACCCAUCCACCAUCCCAGUCUCCACUUUGAGCAAAAAUGCGUGACGAUUGCAGUUGGAUUCCCGGAGGUGCUCGUACAAACAAUGGGAAUCAACUCGGACCCAAUCGUGGGCUGAUUAGGUUACGUGUAAUUGACCACUCGCCUCGGCAUGACUUCAUGGGCAGGAUGUGAACCUCCACCACCUCCUCCACCUCACCUGCUCCGAAGCCCGCUCCAUACUUUACUCUCCGCAGAACUUUCAAAAGAACUCACCUCAGACCUUACUAUCAUCGCUUCCUCCUAAUCCAGCACACAGAAUGGCGCACGCAUCGCCCGAGUACGACUUGGUGCUUCUUGGGGCCACGGGCUACACCGGAAAGUACACAGCGCAGUACAUUGCUCAGCACCAUCCAACUGAUCUCAAGUGGGCCAUAGCAGGUCGUAACUCAAAGAAGCUUGCGGCUGUUUCUGAGACUCUGAAGAAGUUGAAUGGUGAUCGACUGGAACCAGCGAUUGAAAUAUGCGAGCUCGAAAAAGCCGACCUAGACAAGUUGGUCAAGAGGACCCGUCUCAUCAUCACAACCGUUGGACCUUACGCAAAAUACGGUGAACCUGUCAUCGAAGUUUGUGCCAACAACGGCACCCAUUACCUAGAUUGCACUGGAGAAGCACCAUGGCUCAAGAAAAUGAUCGAGAAGUAUCAUGAUACCGCGAAGAAGAAUGGUGCAAUUAUGAUACCGGAAUGCGGUCUCGAUUCAGUCCCAACCGACCUGCUCAGCUACGCUCUUGCCCAAUACAUCCGUAAGACCUUUUCCUCCGCUACCGCUUCCGUCACCGUCUCCAUGCACAACUUCAAAGGUGGGAUGAGCGGCGGCACCGCUGCCUCUAUGAUGAACAUCUUCUCCAACUUUUCCCUGCGCGAGCUCGGCGCCGCCAUGAAACCCUACGCGCUCUCCCCAAGCAAGCCGGCCUCGCCCACACCACCGCCUUCCUCAAAUAUCUUCUAUAGCCUUCUCGGCCUCCGUCACAUCAAGGAGCUCGGCCUAUUGACUACCGGACCCAUGGCCGGCCUUGACACGGCCAUUGUCCACCGCAGCUGGGGCCUGUUCGAGCAGAGCAGCGCGGCGCGAGACAAUCCAGAUCUAUCUUAUGGCCCACGCUUUCGCUUCACAGAGUACAUGCGCACUCGCAACACACUUGUGGGUGCUCUAAUUUCUGGUGGGUUCACGGCAUUUGGGGCGCUUCUCGCGUUUCCUCCAAGCCGUUGGAUCAUAGGGCCGCUAUUGACCCACUUCGUGCUGCCCGCGCCUGGCGAGGGUCCGACGGAAGAUUCGACAAAGGACGACUUCUUGCACUAUCGGGCUAUAGGAGUAGCAGAUUCGAAGGGCAAGGAGCGUGCGGUCGCAGAGUGGGAAGUGCACACAGGGGCGUACGCUGUUACUGGGUUGACGCUUGCGGAGGCGGCAAUGGUGAUCUUGAAGGGCGACUUAGCGAGCACUGAGGCUGGGAAGAUGGGUGGUGGGCUGUUGACUCCUGCGACGCUGGGAGAUCAGUACGUGGAGCGCUUGAAGGCGGCAGGGGUGAGAUUUGAGGUAGGCACUUCUGAGUAGGCCAAUAGUCUCCAAUGGGCAAAACAGUACGGGGGUUUUUUUCCCUUCUUUCUUGCUAUUCACGAGCUUAGGGGUUUCUCGGAGAUACUUAAUACCAUCCCAUUUGAUCACUAC